AUGACUGAAGUGGCCACAAAUGCUGCCGUGGAUCUGCCCUUUACGGAAUUCUACGAUCCUUCUUCCAGUGCCUCUUCUACUAAUACUGGAACUCCCGUUGUGAUUUUGCAUGGUCUGCUGGGAUCCAAGCGAAAUUUUGCCACCCUGGCCAAAUCACUGGGAAAUCGAUUGGAUCUCAAGAGGAGAAUUCUUGCUGUGGAUCUCAGAAAUCAUGGAGAACACGGGAAAGCCAACUGGCAAGACGACAUGUCGUACACUUCCAUGGCCGAGGAUGUUGCUACCUUUCUCCAGCAACAAAAACUCGACAAGGUCAUUGUAGUGGGACAUAGCAUGGGAGGGAAAGUAGCUCAGACACUGGCAUUGCAACAACCACAGCUAGUCGAAGGAUUGGUCGUGCUAGACAUGGCACCCGUCACAUACUCACCGGAAGAACCCCAUUGGCAGGCUGUCACGUCCAUUAUUCAAACACUCCAAUCCAUCACUACAUCCACAGACGACGGCGAACCACUCACCAAACAAACUGUCGAUCGAAAACUACAAUCCACCAUUCCCGAUCCGGCACUACGAGGAUUCUGUCUCACCAACUGGGACAAUCGAAACAACGAAUGGGCCAUUCCGGUGGACAAAAUUGCACGACAAUUGGACGUACUGGCCGGAUUCGAUAUUUCGACACUGGCUACCACGCAGGUCAAUGGCGAUGCGCCAAAAGAACAAGAACCAUUGCAAUAUCACGGAGAUACCUUUUUCAUUCACGGUGGACAAUCCAAAUUCGUACGGUCCGCUCAUAUGUCAGCUAUUGCCGGAUACUUUCCCAAUCACAUGCUCACCACUAUUCGAGGCGCGGGACAUUGGGUACAUGCCGAAGCACCCGACGCUACCAUUGCUCUACUCAAACGAUAUCUCGAUCGGUAG